AUGCAUCGUUUGACUACUUUGGUCUUUGAUUGACGGGACGGAAGGAAUCGCAGAAAGGCGUGCUCGCUGCGCGACGCCAUCUCUGCAUCCCAACCGCUCGUGUAGGCGCAAAUGGUUCAGAUGUGUUCUCACGUCACGGGUAAAAUCUGGCGAAACUUCUAUCAUCGUCACUCACAAGGCUUUUACACGACUAGUUCUGCGAGGCUAAGAGCAGAAAAAACUCCACCUGCCUGGCUGAUUUCAUCAACUCCGGCGGCUUGGAGAAGACGAAGCUGCUCCAGAAUCCGAUAGGAAGUUUGGUGCUCGCGUGUUGACGGGUUGAUUUCGGUGCGCCGAUGGGGCAGGCGUUCCGCAAGCUGUUCGAUGCCUUCCUCGGCACCAGCGAGAUGAGGGUUGUGAUGCUUGGUCUGGAUGCCGCCGGUAAAACCACCAUCUUGUACAAGCUGCAAAUCGGGGAGGUUUUGUCGACUGUUCCCACGAUUGGUUUCAAUGUCGAGAAAGUUCAAUACAAGAAUGUGAUGUUUACUGUUUGGGAUGUUGGUGGCCAAGAAAAGUUGAGGCCCUUGUGGAGGCACUACUUCAACAAUACUGAUGGCUUGAUCUAUGUAGUUGAUUCAUUGGAUCGGGAGAGGAUUGGAAAAGCUAAAGCUGAAUUUCAGAAAGGGGCAAUGACACCAAUGGAGGUGUGUGAGGGCCUUGGCCUCUACGAUUUGAAGAAUCGCACCUGGCACAUCCAAGGCUCCUGUGCGCUUAAAGGUGAUGGCCUUUAUGAGGGCUUGGACUGGAUGGCAAGCACUCUGAAGGAAUUGCAAGCUUCAGGUCGCCUACCCUCUGGAGGGACAUCGUUGUUCUAAGAAGCAAAUCUGCAUGUAAGAUCCUUGGGUUGAUACUAGUAAUAAUGGAUCAAGAGAUCAUCAAUGAUGUUAACAUCUUGAUGAGAAUUUCCUUUCAAAUUCAUGCUGCACUGCUCAGGCUCCGUGGGGUGAUUCUACUAAAGAAAAGGUGAAACAUGGGCCUGACCGCAUAAAAAUAUCGGUCAUGCGUUUGUACUCACCCCUGGGGAUUUCUUGUCAAUGAUCUAACCUGUGAUAUAGGCCUUGUAACUUCCGUUGUGAGUAAGUUUCAUUCAAAGCUAACCGGCGGAUGCAUUUGUCACAUAUGAGAAUUGAGGAGUCAACUUCCACAUCCUGUUGUUGUAAGAAUUUCUGUAAAUCGAAGUUGGCAAACAUAAUUUAUCUCAACAAGUUGGUCCGGUCAUUAUUCA